AUGUCCCUGAUGCCGUAUUGGUUGCGACAUUUGAGGAAUCUGGCGUAUCGGGACCCGGUCACCAGGAUCCUCGAAGACCCGUUUGCCGUCUUCGCGAGGGACCCCUUCUUCAGAGACCCGGCUAAAUACAUCAGGCAGGUCACAGCGCCUUUGGAAUCGGACCACGCUAUCGAAGGAAUUUACUCUGAUGCCGAGUUAAAGGUCGACAAUAAGAAGAUGGAAGUUCAUCUAGACGUUCAGAACUUCACGCCGGAACAGAUCCAGGUGAAGACAGUCGGUAAUGAGAUCACGGUCGAGGGGAAAAAGGAGAUUAAGCGAGAAGAUGGCUGGACCAAGAGUCACUUCGAACGACGUUUUCUAUUACCCGAAGGUUUCCCACCGGAGAGAGUGGAGUGUCAUCUUGAUAAAGGGAAAUUGAAGUUGGUGGCGUUCAGAGCGGAACCUCUGACAGAGAGGAAGAUACCGAUUCAAGACAAGUCUGAUAGUGAUAAGAGUUAG